UGCUUAGCGUUUCUUCAAACCUCAGCAUCCUAUCAAACGAUAUUGUGUUCGCAAAAGAUUAGAGUACUGUUGCUAUAUAAUGGUGACUUCAUCAUUCCUAGUUCCAAGAGUUGAGAGUCUGUCAAGCAGUGGGAUUCAAUCAAUCCCAAAAGAAUAUAUUCGGCCCCAGGAGGAGCUAACUAGCAUUCGCGAUGUUUUCGAAGACGAGAAGAAAGUUGAAGGGCCUCAAGUUCCAACCAUUGAUCUGAAGGAAAUGGAAUCUGAGGACAAAGUGGUCCGUGAGAAAUGCAGGGAAGAGCUAGUCAAGGCAGCUAAAGAGUGGGGUGUUAUGCACCUUGUUAACCAUGGAAUUCCUGAUGAUUUGAUUGAUCGUGUCAAGAAAGCUGGAAAGGCUUUCUUUGAUCUUCCUAUUGAGGAAAAGGAGAAGCAUGCUAAUGAUCAGGCUUCUGGAAAUGUUCAAGGGUAUGGAAGCAAGCUAGCUAACAAUGCAAGUGGGCAGCUUGAGUGGGAGGACUAUUUCUUCCAUCUCAUUUUUCCUGAGGACAAGCGUGACAUCUCCAUUUGGCCUAGGACACCUAGUGAUUACACUGAAGUCACUAGUGAGUAUGCAAGGCAGCUGAGAAGUUUAGCAACCAAAAUUCUGUCAGUACUGUCACUUGGCCUGGGAUUGGAAGAAGGAAGACUAGAAAAGGAGGUCGGUGGUCUGGAAGAGUUGCUACUCCAAAUGAAGAUCAACUACUACCCCAAGUGUCCUCAACCAGAUCUAGCCUUAGGGGUUGAAGCUCACAGCGAUAUAAGUGCACUCACUUUUAUACUCCACAACAUGGUGCCCGGUCUACAACUCUUAUAUGAAGGCAAGUGGAUAACGGCAAAAUGUGUCCCCAACUCAAUCAUCAUGCACAUUGGUGACACUAUUGAGAUCUUGAGCAAUGGAAAAUACAAGAGUAUUAUUCACAGGGGACUUGUUAACAAGGAGAAGGUAAGGAUUUCAUGGGCAGUUUUUUGCGAGCCACCAAAGGAGAAAAUCAUCCUCAAGCCAUUGGCAGAGACUGUGACUGAAGCUGAGCCACCAUUGUUCCCUCCCCGCACCUUUGCUCAGCAUAUCGAGCAUAAGCUUUUCAGGAAGACCCAAGAUUCUCUCCUACCCAGAAAAGCUAAUUAAUGGCAGCGCAUCCUGUUCUUCAAGGCGAUCAAGCUAUGUCGUUGAAAUGGUUCAUCUACGAGACACCAUUAAAAAUAAAAAAGAUUCAUUUGUGAUUUG